AUGGACCGAUCCUCGAAUCCGCCGACGCAACGGCCCUAUGCGCCCACCCGCGACGACUACUAUCCCGCGUCCGCCUACCUCAACUCCAACAACAACCGGCUGCCUUCGCUGGCAAACCUGGUCACUGGUGCGCCAACCCCCAUACACGUCCCAAGCCCGCGAGACUCCAUUUCCUCCCAGGCCAGUAGCUAUCAUGUAAGCGAAUAUGGAAGCCCGUCUCCCGUCCAGUAUCAACCCCCGCCGUUCAGAUCGUCGAGGAACCGACCAGGCGCAUAUCCCUUGAUGUCCCGAAGGGCAGCACCACCACCACCGCCUACCCAGUUCCUCGAAGCUGUUUCGCCGACACAGUCGUCGGCGACCCACGAACGCCCGAUGCAGGAUUACGCCGUUUACAGCCAGCCUCCGCCGUUUGCCACACACUCGUUCGCCCACGAUCAAUACCAGAACAAGGUGCCGAUACCGUACACAUCACAGCCUCUGCGUGAAACUCCCAUGGUGCGACCCCGUCCCACGAGCCCUCCUCGGCCACCACAGGCGGUAGACGUGUACCAACCGCAGGAGAGGGUCGUGGUAUCACAGCUGGCCCGCAAUGAUGUUCGACCUGCGCUGCAGCCCCCGCGUCCUGUCCCCGAACCAGACCCAACGCUCAAGGAUGAGUACAAGAUCUUUAUACGGCAGCAACCCAUAGCGGCGAGAUCAUGUGGCUUUGGAGAAAGGGACCGCAGGGUGAUUGACCCGCCGCCCAUUGUGCAGUUGGAAAUCAACAACCCCAAGCUCUCCAAGGAGGACAUUAGCCAGCGUUACCGCCAUCAGUAUUAUGUCGUGCACUGCACCAUUUGGAGCAAGGACGGGACCGAGGACUGCUCCAUCAUGCCCGAGGAGUAUCAUCGCCAGCAGCGACGCCUCAUGGGAAGUCUCGCGGCGAGCUCUUUUGUUGGCAAAGAUGAGAAUGGCGUCGAGGGAUGCUUCUUUCCAUUCUCAGACCUGUCUGUCCGGACGAGCGGAGAGUACCGUCUCAAGUUCUCCAUCGUGGUGCUCAACCCAGCUCAGGGAAAGAUGGGGAAAAGCUCAAAGAUCCACUCAUCGGCGAUGACGGACGUUUUCACAGUCUACAGCGCCAAGGACUUCCCUGGCAUGAAGCCUAGCACGCCAUUGACGCGCAGGCUCAAGGAGCAGGGCUGCCUCAUCUCGAUCAAGAAGGGCAACGACAAGGCAGGCGGCGGGCGGGGCCAUGAUAGCAGCGAUGAUGAGGCAGAAGAGGCGCCCCCGAACGGUAAGAAGAAGCGCAGAAGAAGGGUUUGA